AUGGCGCCGUAUUUAUCAAAACAACUUGAUUCUAAGCAAUUUGAUUAUUUGUUAAACUUGGUAUCCAAACAUAUUGAAAAAGAAGUCACGAUAUUUCGAGAAAAUGUGAGUGCCAAAGAACGUUUGAUGGCGACAUUACGUUUUCUAGCCACCGGAAAUUCAUAUCAAGAUUUAAAGUACUGCUCUCUGAUAUCAGAACCGCUUCUAUCAAAACUUAUUUCAGAAACAUGCUGGGCAAUAUACAAAUGUUUGAAAAAUUACAUACAGGUACCACAAUCAGAAGAAGAGUGGAAAGCUAUAGCAGCUCAAUUUGAAUCUAAGUGGAAUUUCAACAAUUGUAUUGGGGCGUGUGAUGGAAAACACAUUGCCAUUCAAAAACCACCUAGAAGUGGUUCAUUAUACUAUAAUUAUAAAGGAUUUUUCAGUGUAGUAUUAUUUGCUAUCGUUAAUGCCAACUACGAAUUUAUUUACGUACACACUGGUACUAAUGGAUCUGUUGGCGAUGGAUCUAUUUGGAAAUCAACAGGUUUUUACAAAAAACUUGAAAAUAAUGAGUUGGAUUUACCACCUCCAUCUAUACUACCAGGCGCAGAUAUUUCAGUGCCGUAUGUCUUUUUAGGUGACAGUGCUUUUGCUUUAAAAAAUAAUUUCAUGAAACCAUUUCCAUUUAAAAAUAUUACCCACGACCAACGGAUAUUUAGUUAUCGCUUGUCUCGAGCCCGCAGGGUGGAUGAAAAUACUUUUGCGAUUUUGUCCUCAAGGUUUAGAGUAUUUCGAUCGCAUAUAGGUGUACAAGUUAAUAAUAUGGAUCCUAUUGUCUUGGCAUGCUGCGCGUUGCAUAAUUUUUUAAGAAAACAGACAUUAUCGUAUAUCAUACCACGAUACAUUGAUAGGGAAAAUACUAAAAAUUUCACAUUUCAUAAAGGGGAUUGGCGAAAUAAUACCGAAGGGCUGUCUUCAUUGCAACGAACUAGUGAAAAUCAACGAAACAGUGAAGGAAGCGAAGUACGUAAUACGUUCAUGAAUUAUUUCAGUUCUGUAGGGUGUGUUUCCUUUCAGGAAAAAAUGAUUGAGAUUGUGCGUAUGUAA